UUCAUUCUGUCACAAAGACUCUGUCGCGCGCGCGGCCCAGCAGGAAGGAAGAGGAUGAACGGCGGCGGCGGCAAGAAGAAGUUCGGCGGCGGACGGUUGCCGACGGGGACCCCCUCGCUGGCGUGGUCGUCGGUGGUGGUCGUCGCCUCCCUCCUCGCCGGGGCAUCCAUCGUCCACAACAUCUACAAGCCCGACAUGACCCUCCCGCCGGUGGAGGCCGCCGACGGCAACGGAGGAGCCGGAGCCACAGCCGGCGUCGAUCGCAAGGACAGCUGAGCUAAACCUGACGGGGGGCUCCGCUCGAGGCUCAAGAGGAUGGACAAUCCAGUGUCAUUACUCCUUUCUUUUGUUUCUCGAGACAGCAGUUCAGUCAGGCUUGGUGCCCAUUCUAGCUCGCCUUAAUUCAAACUUCUUCGUUUGGUUGUGCCUUCAAACCUGGACAAACACAGCAGAUGGACCUGUAUCUUCUCACUGCUGCUCUCCCUAAACUGUACUUUGUGUGGUGAUUGCUGAGUUCGAUGGUGCUUGUCAAUUUGAUUAUUAUAUUGCUCGAUC